AUGAACCUCAGAGGGUCUCGCGACACCCUUUCUCGAUUCGCCUAUGAAGAGCGUCCAAACAGCGUGCCAAGUGGAGGCACACCUCUAUUUUUUUCGGAAAAAAAUUUCCUUCAUGUUUUUUUAAAAAGCUUUUUUCGACUUUUUCCAGUUGACAGGCUUACAUAAACGUGAAUCGUUACCAGUUUUGUGAAUCGAAACCUUAAAAUUACGUUCAAAUUGAGCUUCAAGGCAACCUUAUCGAAUAAUAUCUGAAGGUCGCAAUAAACUCCAUUUCUAACCGCCUUGAUGCGUAAUUUAAUAUCUUUGAUUCAAGAUUUUUCCAAUGUUGUACUUGGCUGUAAAAAUCACUGAAAGAACUUUUUGGUGGUUCGGCCCGGCUCAAAAAGCUCAAAUUUUCUUCAUGUCGAAUUUUUCGCUGUUUUAACGAGAAAAUCGGGGUUUUUGCUUAUUAUUCCUCAUUGAGUUAUUAAAAAAACUGUGAUUCAGCAUGUAAAAAAAUAAUUUUUUUCUGUGAGAAUUUUUUUCUCGAAUCUCUGGCUUGAACUCGCGCUUUUUUUGAAAUUGAAAAUGAACGCCUAAAGGCCGGGCUUUAGGCUUUCAUUUUUCAUUGCCAAGCCUGCCUGCCUUUCCGUAAACGCCCAAAAAGGCAGAAACGACUUUUUGAAAAAUCAGCGUGGCACGACGGUCAUCAUAUUAUAUAUAGGUAGGAAUAAUGACUGGAACAAAAAAAUAAGCUCGGGUCGGCGAGAACUAAUCCUACAAACUUUUGUCGCUGUAAUUAUUCCUCCACUCUGUAUUGUUUAAUGUUAUCAGAUUGACAACAUCUGUAUAUUUUGAGAGCCCCUCACUUUUUUUAGCAGAUUUUUCGCGGCAGCUUUUUGAGACCAAGCUUGAAAUCAGCUUGGUCUCAAAAAGAGCAUCUCACUUUUUUUGCAAAACUACACCUGAUCUCAUUCCGAAGUGACCGCACAUCAUUCGCUGAUAAGAAAUAUUCUCCAUAAAAUUUCAAAUAAUCAAAAGCUGUUCAAUACAUCUUUAGCUGAAAGACUUCUUCAUGACAAAGACAAAAGUGAGAUGAUUUAUGCGGACUUCAAUCUAGAAAAGAGCGGAAUCACCGUGCGCAUUUUCCUGAUGUUAGAAAGAGAGCGCAAUUUCCUGUACAAAAUUUGAAAAAAGAGUGCGCAUUUUCCUUACGUGCGCACGAGAAAAGAGUGCGCACAGCGCGCACUUUCCAGCAUGCCAUACAUUAAUAUGGGAUAUUGGGUUCUGUGCGCCAGCGCACUUUUUUGAAUUGGCGCGCGCGUGAGGCAAGCCCCCACGUCUGGAUUUAGCGGCGCUAAAAAACUUCUCGUUAACUUUUUUAUGUGUCUUUUCGUUUUGAAUGCCCCUACCACCGUCUUGAAAAACGCAUUAGUCGUAGGCACUGCCUGCGUACAAAACUCUUUCUUACGGCUCCUUUCCAACUUUUUGUGGUUUUUUAAUCUGAAAAUUAAUACUUUCUCUAAAAAGUGAACCUUUUCCAUCUAUCUUGUUUAUUUAAUUUCCUGGAAUCCGUCCUCAAAAUUUUUUUCAGUUUUAAUGGCUGAGGAGCCGGACGACGAUGUUAUAAUAAUAUGCAUGCAAAGUGAGAUUCUCUACCAAAUCUGUGAAAUAUUGGACGCCGGCGACACAUGGGAAACAAUCGGUAAGAAGUUUUUUUAUUUGGUCAUUUUCUUCAAUUUACAGCCGGAAAAAUGCCCGGAAUCGAAGUGAAGGACAUUGAAGGAUGUAGAAGGUGCAUUUUGAAUAUUUUUUUAAAGCAAAUUCAGUUUUCAGAUACAAAGCGGCCCACAAGAGUCCGUCGAAACUUCUUCUCCACAUUUGGUCGAGUAAAGGCUAUGCUGUCCGGCAUCUUUACCAACUUUUUGCUGUUACUAAGAUGAUUAGGUGCAUGAGGAUAGUUCAGCCUUUAGGUGUGGAUUUUUUGGAGAAAUUCAGAAGCAAAUUAAUAUUUUCAGUGAGUUCCCAGUACCACUAUUUGGAGAACGCCGUCCUUUCUCCGAUGAAGAAAAAUGAGAACAACUUGAAAUCCGUGAUAACUGGCGUCAGCUCUGUGAAAAUACAGCAGGUAGAGGCUGUUUUUAAACGUUUUUAUUUUGAUGAAUAUAUGGAAAUUUUCUUUUUCUAUUUUAGUAAUUAGGCAAAAACUGUUUUUCUUACUUCUUUUUCUCAGGCGAAAUCGUAAGGAUUUUUUAACUUUCUUUUGAUCUCUUAGAACUUUUUAGGAAACUUGAAAGACUUGAUAACGAAUUUUUGAUCAUUUUGACAGCUUUUCCAGAACUUUGAAGUUAGAAAAUGCUGUAAAAUAUGUAUUUUUUUCAGACAUCAAUGACUGGUAAACGCUCCGACAUGUUUGACGGCGUUCAGAACAUCUUCAGGCCUUCUGGAACCAUCACGUCUGCUUCUGCCGCCCCGUCAACGUCUUCUGCUGGGUUAUCAUCAUUUUUUUGAAGUAAUAGACAUAUAUUUUUUUCAGAUCGCUAAAUGAUCCACUUCGAACGGCGAUCGAAGGAACUUUGCCGGUUUCCUAUCCGGAGCUCGAGGUUUUCAUGACCUUUAUUUUUUUCUAGAAAAAAUUGUAUUUUACAAAAGUUUUUGUUACAAACUUGCAAAUACUGGGAAAGUUUUUAGUGGCCACUAUAGAGGCUCGCCAAGGACUAGUUGGAGAGGACACUAAAGUGGCCACUAAACCCACCUCUACGGUGUCCACUAUUUUUCCGGUUGAGUGCCCACUAUAGAGGCUCUUCUCUAUUUAGUGGCUACUUCAGUAGUUUUUCAUCCAGUAUUCCUUCCAGUAACUUUAAUAAUUUUAAAACAAACAGAUUGGAUCAGUUAUGUUGAUCCAUUGAUCCCUAAAGUGGCCACUAAAACUUUAAGUGGUCUAGUAGUAGCACUUAGACCUCUACAGUGGCCACUAAAAUGUCAAAAACCUAUGGUGGUCACUAAAAUUUUUCUCUCGAGCAGAGUCGGAAAGGUGGAUAAUGGCCGCCAAAAGGCAUCAAAAAGAGUCCCUUUAUCGAGCCUGGCAUGUUUUCUGGGAUAUUAAAGGCUCAAGAAAUGGUGGAAAAGGGAAGAGGCAGCGAAAUUGGUGUAUAAGAGCCGAUGAAAUGGCGCAAAAAGGCAGCGAAAAAGGAACCUUUGUCGCCCUAGCCUUUUUCUACCCUUUCCGACUUUGCUUAUUUAGUAUAAUAUCAAUGGUUAAACUCUAUAGUUCUUUGUGAAAUUCCGAGAUUUUGAUAAAUACAAUUCAUUCAGUAAAUAUUUUCAAAUUGGCUCUCAAUAUAUCCUUCCACGUUUCCUUAUGAUUUUCGAUUCUUGAAAAAUUAUUAUUUUCAGCAAGCGACGAACAAUUUCUCGCCGGAAAACGUGAUCGGCAAGGGAGGUUACGGAGUCGUUUACCGAGGCGAAUUGAAGGGAACCGGGGGAGUUGUGGCUGUAAAGCGAAUUUUGGCCACGGGCGACAAAUCGGCCAAUGGCAACAGGGUACUGAGAACACUGCUUUCCGAGAUUCAUGCUGAAAUUGAAGCUUCAAAAAGAGCGGUUACGGCAAAGUCUCCAAGAACUUCGGACUUUGGCUCGAUUCCGACACGAUAAUAUCCUGCCCAUAUACGCCUACUCUUUGGAAGGCGCCGAACCUUGUCUCGUUUAUCAGUUCAUGGCCAACGGCUCUUUGGAAGAUCGGCUGCUUUGCAGGGUUAGUUUUAAGAGAUUCGGGAAGGGGUCAAGAAAAAGUUUGAUUCUUAACAAGUUAACUUGGAGUUUCCGCCAGUAAUUAUUGAUUUUAAGUAAACUAAGAAAUUAUUUCCUAGAUAAAGUAUCAGGGAAUGAAGAUUCAAUGAGCAAAAUCGACUAUCUUACAGAAAUAAGUGAUGAAAAUUGAAGAGAAAAAACGAAAAUUUAAUUUUGUUCACUUGAAACUUUACAUGGUUUUCCUUCCACUAACGUUAAACUACAAGGAAGAAAAAUAUAUAAUCAAACAAGUUCACAAUAUUAUUUAAAAAACCGAGAGAAUGAUAGUUGAAAUCAGAAAAAACAGCUUUUCUCAAUAUAUUUCAGAAAGUUUCAAAUCAAGGCAUCCAUUUUUUUGUUCACUUUUUUUGCAAAAAUUUUUUUCGAAAAAAAUCUUUUUUUCGCUAUAAAACUAGGUAUACAUAUAUUUUAAACUUCAUAAACUUUCAAUUUAAUGACGUUUUCGCUUUGAUUAUAUACCCGUUAGAGAAAGGAAAAGAUCACUAAAUUUUGGAGAGUCAGAGAUUAUUUUGCAUUUCGCGAAAUCAAAUUGAUCAUGGCAUGAUAUAAAAAAAUUUUUUUGACUCUUUCGGUAAUUUUUUUAAAAGGUUCUCAUUUUGGGUAUGAAAUUGGAUAUAAUUCAGAAAGGGACAGUCCCCCUGACCUGGUCCCAAAAGCGAGAAAUCGCUUUGGGCGCCGCCAGAGGCCUCCUUUUCCUUCACACCUUCACGAAAACCCCAAUAAUCCAUGGCGAUGUCAAGACGGCGAAUAUUCUGCUCGACAAGCACAUGGAGCCGAAACUCGGCGAUUUCGGCCUGAGCAGGGAUGGACAGGUUGGUAUUUUCUGUGGAGUUUGAGCUGGUAUAAAUGUCUUGAGAUUUUUUUUAUUCGUUAAAAAAGGUCUUUCCUAACCUUUUCCGAUAAUUUAUUGAGAAUGGCUGUUUUAAGGGUUUCAGAAGAAGGGGGGUGAUUUUUAACCGAAGAAAUUUAUUUUUAAAAAAAUAUCUACCUAACUCUAUUUCGAUGAAUAAUAAUGCAUUUUUUUCAGGGUUGUUAAAGAAAGUUAAUAAUUCAAAAUCGAGAAAAGUCUUCAUUUUUUUGUUGAGAAAAAGUAAGAUUUUUGAAAAAUGGGCCUUUGAGCUUCAUUUGUGUACAAAAAUGACGUUUCGUAAUUUGAAAUAAACAUACAUUUUAUGAUGUUCUGGCUUCGGUGAAUAUGUAAUGAUAAGUUUCUGUAUAGAAGAUCUUCCUAACCCAUUUUUGCAUAUUUUCUUGCAAGAAUCUCAUUUUUAGGGCUCUAGAAGUAAAAACCUAGAAAAUUACAAUAAGUAACAAAAAUGGGCUUUCUGUAUGUUCUUUAUCCGGCUUUUUAAGUUCUAUUUUUUAUCUCAUUAGAUUAUCGUAUUUUUAAUUUCUCUAUUUAUUUUUUUGAAGGUCGAAGCCGAUGCUUCGGAGAAAUGUCCUCUGAUCGCCUCGCACAUCAAAGGAACUUUGGCCUAUUUGCCCCCGGAAUUCAUCACGUCGAAGAUUUUGUCCACCAAGCUCGAUGUGUACAGUUUUGGGAUCGUUUUGUUGGAAAUAGCUUCAGGUUUGUCCUUGAAAACAAAGGCCAGGAAAGGUUCGAGAAAAUUGAAACACGGUGCUUUAUUUUAACAGUGGUUUAGGAUGCUUUUUUGAUUUUUAUUUGAAAAGGGCCUUUAUUUAGGAUUCUGUUAAGUUAAUGGGUCAUAAAGAAAACCAAUAUAAGUCCCAUGAUCUUAGAAAAUGACGAUUCUGUGUCUCGUUUUCUAGAGAAAUUUUCACGCAGAUUUCGUUUUGAACAAAUUUUCUCUUAAAAAACGAGAGUCUCUGGGAAUUAUGAAUAGAUAUACGUACAUUAAAAGCAUCCUGAAAAGGACGUGCUUGAAAAAUUAUUUUUCACAGGUGUUGAUUUUUUUUUCGCUUCUGCCAGUUUCUUUUAACAGUGAAAGCUUUUUUUUUCUGAAAAUUACGGUCUUUAACUCGUAUUUCAGUAAUAAUAGGCUUCUAAAUAACUUGUAAAAUGUAAAAAUGAAGCUUUUCAUAAUUCAGGUCUUCGUGCCUACGUGGACACAAGAGUUCCACGAAGUCUUGUUGAUUAUUGCGUGAUGCUUCGAGAAAAAGCGCGAAAAGACAUGGGAAUACUCAGGGAUUCGUUGAUGGACAAAAAAACGCCUUCCUUGGCGUUGAUUGGCGAGUUUUCAGCUGAUUCUUUGAACUGAUUUUUUGAAAAAGGCCAGAAAAGGCGUCGAAGAAGUUUUUGCGCUUGUUCUGUAGCUGGAAAAUGCGGAAAUCUGUCGUUUUUUGAAAAAUCUGUCUUGUUUCUUAAGAAACUAUUUCUUCACAACUUCCUUAUGUGGAACUACAUUUUUUCGAAACUAUGUAAAGCUUUUUGUUUGCAAACUGAAAUUUCAAAAAUAAAAGUUACAAAUAACAGUCGUCACAACUCCAGAAGGAUUCAGAAAGAUUAAAUUUCAUACUAGAAAAUUUCGAAUAAAAAUAAAGGUUUUUUUCGUAACUUUUCUGACAAAACUGUGCAUUCUGUACUGUAUAAAUAUUCAUUUUCUGAUUUUCAGAAGACGAGAACUCUCUUUUUCAUACUCUUGUUGAUAUCGGACUGAAAAGUUCGCAAAAAGACCGAAUCGCCAGGCCUUCAAUGAGAGAUGUUGGUUUUUCCUCUGUUCAAGAUCCUCCGAGUUCACUGAGGAACUUGAGAAAAUUCGAAAAAUUUCCGUUUUUCAGGUGGUCGACUUCAUAUCCAACACCGUUCUGAGGCCAAUCAGUUCUAACCUAGAAGUUUCUUUUUAAAAGUUAUCGAUUUCUUGUAUUUUUACGGGUUCCCUGUGCCAUUCUCUUCUCUAUUUUCAUGUAUAUUCAGUUCCUUACUGAGAAUUCGUUGUGAAUUUGUUGCAUUUUUAUCAUUUUUCGUCGAUUUGUACAUAAAAUCAUCCUGCCAUUUUUAAGAAAAACGUGUCAUAAUUUAAUAAAUUUCAAAAAGUAAUUUUCGCGUGAAAGUUGUUUCUUUGCCUUGAUACUAUUGAAAACCUUGAUUUUUGAUGUGAAUACAAUUUUUUUUUCCAAAAGCCCCAUGGAAAAGGUCGCCGGAAAAGAGGGCUUCGACGUUUUGCAGUUCAAAUGUUACGAGGAUCACUUGAGAGUCCUGAUUCUGGCCCCGGGGGAGAGAAUUUGCUGUUUCGGAUCCUUCCGAAUACAGCUUCUGGGUAGGGUUUGGGAAAGAAAAAACAAAUUUCUGAUAAAUUGUUCAAAAAGUUGGGUAAAAAACAAUGGUUGCAAUAUUUUAACACGGAUUUUCAAAAAUUUCCCAUUUUUUUCUGGUUUUUUUAAAAUUAUCGUUUUUCUGUUGAUUUUUUUUGUACCAAAUGCUUUUCGAACAUUUAUUGAUAGUUCAAAAAAAUUCACAUUUUUUUGAAAAAAAUUUGCUUUUUAAAUUUUCGUCUGCAUCUGUACGUGUUGGUGGCGCACUGAUUUCUUUUUUCUAGGAAAUAUUUUUAAUCAGAAUUUUUAAAAAAUUUAUGAAAAAAUUCAGCCGGUAACGCUACCCUAAAUGGCUUCAAUUUGUCCUCAUCUUCUUUUGAUCGAGCCAAAAUGCACCGAGUUUGUGCUCCGGAGCGAUUAUUGAUGCCUGUUUGUUAGAUUCUCGUUCCUUGAAUGAAUAAAUCUAUUUUUAGGCGAUAAUCAAUGCGACGACUAGCUUCUCGGGUAAGCCUUACAAGUACAAUCGGGUAAAGUAUCGAUUAAAAGAGGUAAAUAUAUAAAUUUUCAAGCUUGAAUGUACCUAUUUUGAUUUUAGUUAACACCCCAAUUCGAGAAUAUAAUGACCUAUGUGGAGGGAAACACGCCAGCCGUUCUUCUGAUCGAGCUGGAAGUUGGCCAACCUGAGGCUAUCAUUGAUAUCCUGCAUGAGGUGAAAAGAAAAAAGCUAAAAUCAUUUGAAAACUCCCAUUUCGUAAGAUGGAAAAAAAAAUCAAAUUAAAAUGAAUAUUUUAUCACAAGGUUGUUCGUAAGAAUCGACGUUUUUCUUCAUUUUUAGGUGAUUAUUUGAUAUUUUAUUCCCGAAUUUCGCCGUUUUGACCAUCCUGCAUGAGGUGAAGGAAAAAAACCAAUAUCAUUCGGAAAAUUUUUAUUUUAAAAAGCAAAAACUUUCAACAAAUAUUCUCUCUUUGUUAAUAUUUUCGUAAAAGCGGACGGUUUUCUUCAUUUUUAGAAAUUUCUCCUCAAAUUUUGCCUUGUAUUUUUUUCAAAAAAAUGUUGAUUUUUCAAGUGAUUUUUUGAAUUUGAACCUUUUUUCAACUAUAGUUUGUCAUGUAUUUUCCAAAAAUGUUAAUUUUUAAGUUUUCGAGUAUAUAUCCCUAAAGUCUUUUUUUAUUUUCCAAAGAGCUUCUUAGAGCUUUGUUCUGGAAAAAGGGGGAAAAUAAUAAAUUCCUAGAUUUUUCGAGUUCCUUAAAGUCCCAGAAAUUUCCAUCUCAAGGGCUUUGAAAUCAAUUUUUCUAGUUGAACAGUUUUCUAAAGACGCCAAUUUUUCUUUGAAAAAAAAACUAUUUCAUUCAGAUUUACCUGGUCCAUUCUUCAAAAUACGACUCCAUCAUCCCAACUAUCCGAUUUCAUGUGAUAAAAGUGAGCGAUUAUUUAUGAUUAUCUAAAAAAUCAAUGAUUUUUCCAGGCGGCUUAUUACCUUUAUCCAGAACCCGAAGAGCUCGAAUUAUCAAAGCAUAUAGAGAAGCUGAACAAUAAGAGGAGUUGGUCAUUCGGAAAUUCCUCGAAAAAAUAAAUGAAAAGUUAAGAAGAUGGGCAACGGGUUGUGGUCGUCCCGAUUGCUGAGAAAGGUGUUGGAAAGUCGACCUUUGUCAGGAAUUUCGUGAAUCGGUGCUUGAAUGGGUGGGUUCAGAUUAUUGAAAAUGUUGUAAUUUAUGUUUGAGGCUAGUUUUAUCGUUUUAAGAAUAAAAAUAGCUGCAAAAUGGAGGUUAUAUAGUCAGUUUACCGCAACUUCAAAGGUCGGAACUUCUCUGCGCCCUCCUCGUCUCUCGACACUCUCUCCGUUUGACGCGCUAUUUUCGCGUGUCUCUGGCCUCGCCGGUGAAGGAACAGAGAGACGCAGAGAUGCCAAAACUGUCAAGUCUCUGUGAACGGACUAUGGAGGCGCUUUUAGGCGAUCGUUUCUAUAUGGAAAAAGUGCGUUUUCUGCUUCAUUUUUCUUGUUGAAAAAGUUCCUUUUUGAAAAUUUUUCAAGUGUUUUUGGAAAUUUUUCCUGACCUGAAAAACAAGGAACGAUUGAAGAUUUAUGCUCAGUUAGGCAAAAAAAUUUUUAAUUUUUUUCGGCCCCUUUUUGAGAUUUUUCAUCGAUUUUUAAGCACCUAAACAUCGGAUGAAAAAGAUUUUUUUGAAAAAUUGAUAAAAUAUUUCCUAUUCACAGAAAAGAGAAUAAUUUAGUUUUAUUUAAUAUCUCUCACCAGAUUUUUUUAUGAUGAAUUUUGAAGAAAUAGAUAAAAAUUCAAGCUUAUUUCAAGCCUUUUCGGAAUAAACAUCUUUUUCUAGCUUUUGAUACCUUUUUUUGAAAAAAACUUUUUUUCAUUAUAAAAAACCGAAAAAUCCGAAAAAUUGAAGAGAAAAACCCGCCAAUCUACAUUUUGGACGCGGAUAUCGGCCAAACCGAGUUCACGCCACCGGGCUGUAUGUCCCUGUGGAAGGUCGAUUCUCCCAUUUUCGGUAAAAAGAAAAAAAAAUUGAGUUUUCCUAAUGAAAAGUUGACCAGAUCCGCCCUCCUCCCAUCAAAAAGCCAUCCUGCAAAACAGCUACUUUUUCGGAAGAGUCAAUCCGGCCGGAUUUUUCGAUCUUUAUUUGGUUCGUGGUACUGAGAGGAAGUUUUCGAGGUCCUAAAGUUUUAGGACAUUUUCGAAAGGUUAUGGAACUCUUUUCGGAAUAUUAGCGAGCCUGGUUCCUUAUUGGUGGUCAAUACCAUGGGAUGGAUCGAAGGUAAGGUUAAAAUCAGAAAAAAAAAAUGUUCUGAGAUGUUGGAAGGUACAAACACUCCGGAACGCCAGAGUGGUCCCUAAAGGGGCAACUUUAGGUGGCCGUUGUAGUUCCCCUCUAGUUCACCUUCUCCUACAGGGGACACUAAAGUUGGCAAAAGUGGCCACUCUAGGGAGGAAUGCUAGUGGUUUCCACACGUCUUUAAUUGUAUAUCCAGAACAAACAUUUAAAAUACCCCUAUAGGGACAACUCAAGCUUCAGGAGCUUAUGGAUCAGACCCUAAACUGCUGUAGGGACCAAAUCUCAACUUUAUCCUUAUAGGGAGCCUUUUAUUGUCCCCAUAGAGGAACUAUUUUUCGUAAAACCCCUUUAAUGACCACUCUGGCGUUCCUAAGAACAGGAAAAAAAAAACCUGGAGCUUUAAAGAUACCGUAGUCCUUUUUACCAUGCCUCUUCCAAAGAACAGAAAGAUCUUGUGAAGUUACAUUGAAAAUCAACGUUUUUCCAGGUGACGGGGAGACUUUGAUGAAAAAAGCUCUACAAUUUCUGAAACCGGACCUCGGAGUGAGGUUAUCCAAGGAGCCGUGGAGGAAUAAUGUUUGAAAUUUUUUUAAAAUAAUUUUUUUGAGAGGUCCCAAAAAGAAUUGGUAGAAAAUCCCUCAUUUUGACAUUUUUUGCAAGUUAGAGAGCGUUCAAAAAUGAGAGAGUGCAGGCUCUUUUCUUCUCUAAUCGCCCUCUUGUUUUAUAAUGCUCUCUAGCUUUGAAGAGUCUAACUCAUUUUCCGGGCUUUUUCUUUUUUUGCACGCCUUUUGAAACACGAUUCUCACUGUUAAGGACCGGUAUCGGACGUUUUUCCCCGAUUACCUUCCAUUGCACCCCAACGAAGCUCCGUAUGACCGAAGUGUGCAGACGAUGCAACGAUUCAAUGCCGAAACGAUGCGCGAUUUGUCGAUUGUCGGCUAUUUUUCGACCAUUCUCCAUCGGCCGUCCCUAACAGCCUUCAUAGAAUGUGCUCCGUAUCGGAUUCCGCUUAGGUUUUUUUUCCAGCUAUUUCAGAAACUUUUGAGGGAAGAGGCUCCAUACAGCUGAUCCACGGCUGUCUUGAGCCAUCGAAAAAUGGGUCCUGACACGAUAAGAAAAGAGAUAGUGCUUGGUUGGUGGAAAGAGCAGAAACGCCACGCCUCUUCAGCGUCCCAAGUUAGCCGUGAAUCGGCUAUAGAAAUGUUUCUUUGAGGGUGGCAAAGGCUACUUUUUUGCGCCAUGUUAUGCACCAUUUUCGCUACCUCUUUCUUUUUUCCACCAUUUUUUGAGCCUUCAAGAUUCCAUAAAAAAUGGAAGGCUCCAUAAAGGGACCUAUUUUGCUGCCUUUCUGCGGACUUUUUUGAGCCCCUCUUUUCUAGAGGCCAUUAUCCACCAUUCCGACUCUGCCCGAGUACAGUUUCAAAACCACGGCCUUUUUGUUAGUGCAAGAACCCAAAAAUACGGUGGGCGGAGUCGAACGUGACGUCAUUGGAACGGCAGAGCUCCCGGAUCUAACACGGGAAGUGCGAAAGGUCGAGGUAUUGGAAUUUAAUGAAACUUGGUAUAUAGGUACUUCCGAACACCCUGAAUCCAAAACAGUUGAAAAAAAGUGCGCCUUUUUGGUUUCAGUCGAGUUAGGGCGCCUCAAAGUUUGCACGCAAAAAUUGCAUUGGAAGGGAGGAGGGAAUGUGUUGCGGCGGCUAACUCUAGCUGCCAGCAGGCGGCGUGGUGUAGUGGCUAGCGGCCUUGCGCUGUGAAACCUAUGAUGCAGGUUCGGUCCCUUUUUGGUGAAAUUUUAUUUUUGCCAAUUUUUUUUAUUUGAAAAAUGAGGAAGUUUUGAUGAUGGAGUGAAAGAACAGCACAAAAUUUUGAAAUUCACCAUUUUACGCUCAUCUGAGAAAGAAUUUCGACAAAAAAUUUUUUUGCUCCAUUUUUCCUUGCCUAACCAUAAGGCUUAUGGUCGACCCAUUCCUUCAAAAAAAUUUCUGAUGAACCAAUAAAAUCAAAGUUUUAUGAGAUUUAUUCUUCUUUCCUUCCUUUAUGACGUUAUGUGUGUAAAAAUGUGUAUCAAAGUCCAGCUUCACUUUAUUUUCACAAUCGAGAUGAUAUGGCGAUGCUGGGAAUGAAAAAAAAGACAAGGAAAAGGGUUAACUAACCGGCAUCUUUGAAGAAAAAAAUCGUUUGAUGAAUAAGAAUAGAAGCAUAGAACUACAAUAAGUUGUUAUUUAUAUCACAAACCUAUGAACUCUCGCAAGAUUAAUCUCGACGCCCAAAUUUCCUGCACAGAGCAGGACAGGACAAAAAAAAGACUAAAAAAAUUUUUUUGUUGAAAGUCUUUCUCAAAACGACAUAAAAUAGUGAAUUUCAACUCUUUGAACGGUAUUUUUCGUUCCAUCUUCAAAAAUUCAUCAAUUUUUUCGAAAAACUUCAUGGCAAAAAAAAAUUUCACCAAAAAGGGUUCGAACCUGCAUCAUAGGUUUCACAGCGCAAGGCCGCUAGCCACUACACCACGCCGCCUGCUGGCAGCUAGAGUUAGCCGCCGCAACACAUUCCCUCCUCCCUUCCAAUGCAUUUUUUGCGUGCAAACUUUGAGGCGCCCUAAUUCGACUAAAACCAAAAAGGCGCACUUUUUUUCAACUGCUUUGGAUUCAGGGUGUUCGGUAGUACCUAUAUACCAAGUUUCAUUAAAUUCCAAUACCUCGACCUUUCGCACUUCCCGUGUAAGAGCAUUAAAGGCGCAGCGGUCGCGUUGCGAUAGGACUUUGAGAAAAAUCGUUUUCUCACAUAAAAGAAAUUUUUCUGCGCGAGAGCGUCGCAGUGCAUGCACACGACACACAACACUUUACGCAGAAAAAGUUCGCCUCGUCAAAAAAAAAGUUUACUUAAAAAUUUACAACAGCUCUCAAUUUUGGAAAAUAUCUACUUGAAUUUUUUCCAUUUUUCACAACCUCUAAGUGUUGGAAAUUUCCAGCAAAGUGAUUCUCUGCUUCCCCGAAGACAGCUCUUUCGUCGAGGAACGCAACAUUUUGGCUUGUUUCAACGCUCAAUUGGUGGCGAUUUGUGAACCCAACGAUAUGGUUAAUAAGCAUAAAUAUUGAUUAGUUAUCGAUUUUUUGUAGGAAAGACGAAGAAUCGAAAAUAUUAGCCUUUUACCGGAACUCGUCAUUACAACGACUAGAUCUCCAGCGAUAAAAUGUCUGGGUUUUGGUGAGUUUUUCCUAAAAAGCCGCAUUUUACAGAGAAAAUUCUACAUGUGAAAUCGAUAAAAUCUUUGAAAAAAUAAAAAUCUUCAAGGUUUAAUCCGCGCCAUCGACCUGGAAGCAAUGCAAAUGUACGUGGUGACCCCAAUGGACCUUUCUAAAGUUUUUGAGCCGCCCAUGUUUGUCCGAGGCGAUGGAAUCGAUCUGCCUGCACCUUUCUUCUCGCAUCAGGUGAAAUAUUAUCUUAAUUGUCGUCAGUUCUAACGCCUGGUUCGCAAGACAGCUGAUUGAACGUCAAUUAAAAAAAAAAUAUUCGAAAAAUUUACUUUCAAUCCGGAUUUUUCAAAAAAUUUGAAUAAAUGCGAAAAAAAAAAACUUAAAGUCAAAAAAAGACUAAAAAUGUUUUUUUCUCUUCAUUUUUCAUAGCGCACCUCUAAAAAUCUUACAAGGAUUUGUCAACGGAUCUUACCGAAAAAUUAGGAAAAAUCUCGUCAAUUCCGCUGUUUGCGUACCAGACAUCAAACUUGACGAUAAAUUUUAUGUUCCCUUCGAAUGGCGUCAAUUCUGCUGUUUGCGUACGAGACGUCAAACUUGACGAUAAAUUCUAUUUUUCCUUCGAAUGGCGUCAAUUCUGCUGUUUGCGUACCUGACAUCAAACUUGACGACAAAGUCUUCAUUUAUUUCGAAAUGCCGUUUUUUCAAAGUAAUAUUUCUCUCAGAUGAACCAGGCGAUCCCAUACUACAUUGGCCGAGAAGGCGAGAUGGAAAUCACCAACGAACUGACCAGAGACCUCUACAGCUCCUUGAAAAAUACGAGUAAAUUCAAGCGAACCCGGCCACGGACGUGA